CGAUAAGAAAAUAUUUCUUCUACGAUGGAAUUAAGAGCAACAUUUUUGUUUUCUUCGCUGUUUGGAAUGUAGAGAAGGUGAUUGCUUGGUUAAUUAAGCUUGGAUAAAUUUACAAAAGUUUUAACUGUUUACAUCUGCCGUUUUAGAUGUUAAGCAAGAACACAGAUGAAAGAAACACAGUGUUAAAUUAUUGUGAUACGUAUGAGAAAUUAUUAUCUUAUAAUGAAUGAUUUAAGAAAACCAAACAAACCUGAUUCAGGUGAGAAGCCAUAUCACUGUGAUGUCUGUGGUAAAUCAUUUACUGAAGAAGGAGUCUUAACCAAACACAAAUGCAUUGAUACAGGAGAGAAGGCAUAUCAUUGUGAUAUUUGUGGUAAAUCAUUCUCUCAAAGGAGUUACUUGACUAAACACAAGCGUACACAUACAGGAGAAAAGCCAUUUCAUUGUGAUAUCUGCGGUAAAUCAUUCUCUCAAAGGAGUUACUUGACUCUGCACAAACGUACACAUACAGGAGAAAAUCCAUAUCAGUGUGAUAUCUGCGGUAAAUCAUUCUCUCAAAGGAGUAAUUUGAUAAAUCACUAAAGUAUUCAUACUGGGGUGAAAACCAUACCAUUGUGAUAUCUGUGGUAAAU